ACUAAUAUUUCCAUUUCCUCCUCUUAAACACCUUUGUUUCAUUGUUUGUGCUUCUUCCAUUUUUCUUCUUCCUUCUACUAAACACUAAAAUGGCAUACUCAAAGGUGAUUAUUGCUCUAAUGUUGGCAUUUGUCGCCGGAUCUGCUUUCGCACAAGCACCGGGAGCAUCUCCGGCAGCUUCUCCGAAGAGUUCUCCGGCACCGGUAGCGGCGACUCCUCCUUCCACUACAUCAACACCACCUGUCUCUGCUCCUGCAAAUGCUCCUACUACUGCAUCUUCUCCAUCCGAUUCUCCAAUGGCAUCUCCUCCAGCUCCACCAACUGCUGAGACUCCGGCGUCAUCUCCUUCUGGUGAUGCUUCUCCUCCAUCCAUCGGCGCCGCUCCCGGAGGUUCUCCUACCGAAUCUCCAAACUCUGCUUCCUUGAACAGAGUCGCCGUCGCCGGAUCUGCUGUUGCAGCUGUCUUUGCUGCUGCUUUGCUGCUCUAAAUCUCUGAUUUGUGAGAUUUUUUCAUUCGCCGGAAUAGAUGAGUUUAGGCUUUUAUUUAUGGUUUAGAUUCACUAUUUAUUGUUCAUUCUUUUUAAAUUUGAUUUCUACUGGUGGCGGUUGUUGAUUUAUUUGUACUAUAUUCUUAUUGUUGAAUAUUAUUACGGCAUUCUUUGUUUA